CCAUCGCGGAGGAGCGCGGUAGCGGGGCCGGGGAGCCCGCGGGCGGCCCUGGCCUGAGGGGGCCCUCCCGUCCCGUCCCGUCCCGUCCGUCCGUCCGCCCGCCGAACGGCCCCCGGCCUUCCAUGAGCCAUCGGCGGGCCCCGAGCCGCCGUUAGCCGCCCGGAGCGGGGGGGGCCCACCAUGUCGAACCUGAGCAAGGGGACGGGCAGCCGGAAGGACACCAAGAUGCGGAUCCGGGCCUUUCCGAUGACUAUGGAUGAAAAAUACGUAAACAGCAUUUGGGAUCUUCUGAAAAAUGCAAUCCAAGAGAUCCAGCGUAAGAAUAACAGUGGUCUCAGCUUCGAGGAACUGUAUAGAAAUGCAUAUACGAUGGUUUUACAUAAACACGGAGAAAAGCUCUACACUGGACUGAGAGAAGUUGUUACUGAGCAUCUCAUAAAUAAGGUGCGAGAAGAUGUGCUAAAUUCAUUGAAUAACAACUUUCUUCAAACGCUAAAUCAAGCUUGGAAUGAUCAUCAGACAGCCAUGGUGAUGAUUAGAGACAUUCUAAUGUAUAUGGACCGAGUAUAUGUACAACAAAAUAACGUGGAGAAUGUCUACAAUUUGGGCUUAAUAAUUUUUCGAGAUCAAGUUGUGCGUUAUGGGUGUAUUCGAGAUCACCUACGGCAAACUCUGUUGGACAUGAUCGCAAGAGAGCGAAAAGGAGAAGUUGUAGACAGAGGUGCAAUAAGAAAUGCUUGCCAGAUGUUAAUGAUUCUAGGUCUUGAAGGAAGAUCAGUCUAUGAAGAAGAUUUUGAAGCUCCUUUCUUGGAAAUGUCUGCAGAAUUCUUUCAGAUGGAAAGUCAGAAGUUUUUAGCCGAAAACAGUGCUUCAGUAUAUAUAAAGAAAGUAGAAGCUAGAAUUAAUGAAGAAAUAGAACGGGUGAUGCACUGCCUUGACAAGUCAACAGAAGAGCCAAUUGUGAAGGUGGUUGAGAGGGAGCUCAUUUCCAAGCAUAUGAAGACCAUAGUAGAAAUGGAGAAUUCUGGGCUAGUACAUAUGUUGAAAAAUGGAAAGACAGAAGACCUUGCUUGCAUGUACAAGUUAUUUAGCCGGGUGCCAAAUGGUUUGAAAACAAUGUGUGAGUGUAUGAGCUCCUACCUGAGGGAACAAGGUAAAGCUCUUGUUUCUGAGGAAGGAGAAGGAAAGAAUCCUGUCGAUUAUAUCCAGGGCUUAUUGGAUCUGAAGAGUAGAUUUGAUCGCUUUCUUCAGGAAUCAUUCAACAAUGACCGGCUCUUCAAACAGACAAUUGCGGGUGACUUUGAGUAUUUUCUCAACCUCAACUCCAGGUCCCCAGAAUACCUCUCCUUAUUUAUUGAUGAUAAGCUGAAAAAGGGAGUCAAAGGAUUAACAGAACAAGAAGUAGAGACAAUAUUGGACAAAGCAAUGGUCCUAUUUAGGUUUAUGCAAGAGAAGGAUGUAUUUGAACGUUAUUAUAAACAACAUCUGGCUAGAAGACUUCUUACCAACAAAAGUGUUUCUGAUGACUCUGAGAAAAAUAUGAUAUCUAAAUUAAAGACUGAAUGUGGAUGUCAGUUUACAUCAAAACUGGAAGGAAUGUUCAGGGAUAUGAGCAUCUCAAACACAACAAUGGAUGAAUUCAGGCAACAUCUACAGGCAACAGGAGUGUCAUUAGGUGGUGUAGAUCUUACCGUGCGAGUCCUCACAACAGGAUACUGGCCCACACAGUCAGCUACACCAAAGUGCAACAUCCCACCAGCACCGAGACACGCUUUUGAGAUAUUUAGGAGAUUUUAUUUAGCCAAACACAGUGGGCGACAGCUGACACUCCAACAUCACAUGGGUUCUGCAGAUCUCAAUGCCACUUUUUAUGGACCAGUGAAAAAGGAAGAUGGAUCAGAAGUUGGUGUUGGAGGAGCCCAAGUUACCGGUUCUAAUACAAGGAAACACAUCCUACAGGUCUCCACUUUUCAGAUGACUAUACUAAUGCUCUUUAAUAACAGAGAAAAAUACACGUUUGAGGAAAUUCAACAAGAGACCGAUAUUCCUGAAAGAGAGCUUGUUAGAGCCUUACAGUCCCUCGCGUGUGGUAAACCAACACAGCGGGUUCUCACUAAAGAGCCUAAGUCCAAGGAAAUAGAAAAUGGUCAUAUAUUUACGGUUAAUGAUCAGUUCACAUCCAAACUGCACAGAGUCAAGAUUCAAACAGUUGCGGCCAAACAAGGGGAAUCGGAUCCAGAAAGAAAAGAAACAAGGCAGAAAGUAGAUGAUGACAGAAAACAUGAGAUUGAGGCCGCAAUAGUGAGGAUAAUGAAAUCUAGAAAGAAGAUGCAGCACAACGUGUUAGUAGCAGAGGUAACCCAACAGCUGAAGGCCCGAUUCCUACCAAGUCCCGUUGUUAUUAAAAAACGUAUUGAAGGACUUAUUGAGCGAGAAUAUUUGGCACGAACACCUGAGGAUCGUAAAGUGUACACUUACGUAGCAUAAAAAUGCGUUCGGCAAAUUGAUUUAUUCUUGGACUAUAAUCUUCGCAUGAACUGGGAAGUUCUUUUAAAUCAUUAAAUAUUAAGACGACCAUCUCUUCUGUUAAAUUACAGUACGUGUUCUAGACCAUUCAGAUCAAGCCUUUUACUCCCUUGAGAGUUUUCAACAUCACUUGAUUGAGCUUCAGGCUUUUCAACAUUGCUCCUGUAAAGGUCAUCUUUACAGCUCCUCGGGAAAAUGUGAAUGUGCCGCGUUUGUUUUCAAUACUGUAUGAAAACGGGAAAAAAAAAAAAUAAAACCAAUUUAGAAAAUACAGCUCAUUAAAAAAUAAAAAUUGUUGGAAUUUCAUUUC